CUUAUCCACCAAUAAAAUUAAUCUGUUGACUUCUCGACAAGCCGUCAUUUUCCGAAAUUGUCAUUUAUUGCACUCAUCAAAGUUUAUUCCAUCCAAAGUAAUCGAUUCAUAGUUUUGUGGAAAAGUUUCCAAGAAAUACAUCAUAGCAGUAUUAAAAUAACUAUGCAACUAAAUUAAUUCGUAAAUAUUUGGAUCAUGUGGGAAAGAUUUCUAAAUUUUUUGUGUUUAAAAGCAGUUUCUUUUGGCAACCAAGAUUUAAAUACGGAAAAAGUUGUACAAGUUCAAAAUAUGGUUAAUUGCGACAACAUAGUUAUUUUUACGAAAUCCUACUGCACUUAUUGUAAACUGGCACUUGACAUUCUCGAUAGGUGCGGGGCAAGAUAUACAGAAAUUGUAUUGGAUCGGAGAGACGACGGGGAGGAGAUCCAGCGAAUUUUGGGUGAACUAACAGGCAGCAGGACUGUCCCUAGAAUUUUUAUAAAUAACACUUGUCUCGGUGGUUGCACUGAGUGUAAGAGAUUAUUUGAAACAGGAGAGUUACAAAAAUUGAUUAUCCAGGCUUGUUGUUGAAGACAUAUUUUUUUAAGUUUUGUAACCAUUUAUUUUGUAGAUCAAAAAUAAUAGUUAAUUUUUCAUACCUAUCACAAAAACGUUGAAAGAUCUUGCCAAAAUGAUAGUGUUCGCUAUAUUAAGUGCAAUACUUUUUUUCAUGGAAUUUUUUUGGAAAAAAAAUAAAAAAGACACUGAUCUUUUAUUGAAAUAUAAAUAACUCUGUAAUUUACGCUAUAG